CGUGUUAAGAUUCCGUGGCGUAAAGUAAAGUAACUCAGUGAAAUCUAUCUGACCCUUAAGGCUUAACAAGAAUGUCUGAAAACAUUCAAAAAGUAAAUAAUCGACGCUUCGAAGAUGAAGGCAGUGGACUUGGCGUGCGUCAUCUACAGAUUUUUCUGCUAUUCUGUGGUCUCACAGUGGGAUUUGCAAUGAGAGUCAACCUUUCUGUGGCUGUGGUGGCGAUGACAGAUGCAGCUACAAUUAAUCCUGAUUUUCCGGAAUAUCCUCUAUCGGAGAAGACAAAGUCUUGGGUUUUGAGCAGUUUCUUUUGGGGUUAUGUGGCAACCCAGGUGCCUGCAGGAACAUUGGCUCGUAGAUUCGGUGGUAAGGUAACUCUGCUGACUGGGGUUUCCAUCUGCUCCGUAUUGAACCUGCUGACACCUCUUUGCGCCAGCUUGGGAGGCUGGCCAUUGAUCUGUGGACUGCGCCUUAUCGAGGGCUUGUGCCAGGGAGUCUUUUUCCCCUCAACUCACACCAUAAUCUCAGCUUGGAUUCCGCCCAGGGAACGUGGCUCCUUGGCUACCUGUGCCUAUACUGGAGGACAAUUUGGCACGAUAGUUAUGUUGGCCACAAGUGGACUGCUUGCCUCCUCGGCUUGGGGAUGGCCGAGUAUCUUUUAUGUGUCUGGGGCCUGUGGCAUUCUCUGGGUUGUGGCCUAUUAUAUUUGGGGAGCCAGUUCACCGCAGGAUUCCAAGAGUAUUUCAGCAGAGGAAAUCAAACUGAUUGAGAUGUCGCAGGCCAAUGAGUCCGCUGGCAAUUCUCAGCAGCCGAACAAUCGACAACCGACUCCUUGGCUGAGUUUUCUUUAUUCAGGACCCUUUCUGGCCCUUACAGCUGUGCAUGCCGCCUCCGCCUGGGGCUAUUGGACUUUGUUGACACAGAUUCCCAGCUACAUGAACAGCAUACUGGGCAAGGACAUCAAAUCCAAUGCACUGCUCUCCUCUCUGCCCUACAUUGCCAAUCUCGUGCUGAGUUUUGUUUUCAUCUGGGUGUCAAAAAUCAUAGAGAAGUCUUCCCUGUCGCUGUCCUUCAACAGGAAGUUCUUCAACACAAUUGGACAAUAUAUACCUAUGAUCCUGCUCAUUGCAUUAGGCUAUGUGCCCAAGGAGAACGACACUCUGGCCGUGGUGCUGCUUACAUUGACAGUGGGCAUCAAUGCCGCCUGUCAUCUUGGCUUCCAGGUGAAUCACAUUGAUCUGUCGCCCAAUUAUGCUGGCACCUUGAUGGGCAUCAGCAACGGAUUAGCUAGCAUUAUGAGUCUCAAUGCACCACUCUUGGUGGGUGUCAUUGUCACAGAUAAGUACAAUGUGGAACAAUGGCGUUUGGUUUUCUUUAUUGCCGCUGCCAUUUAUCUGGUGGGCAACGCUCUCUUUAUUUUCUUUGGUACUGCCAAUGUCCAACCCUGGAACGAUCCUCCAGCCAAGCCACGGCGCAGUUCCGUGUACCCCGAAUUGGAGUCACAAAAGCCCAGAAAAUCUGAAAAAUGAGCUGAUAUAUCAUCUCUUUUCGAAGAAUGACUUAAAUCGUCUGAGAAUAUAUAGACCACAUCUAUCAAUAGCGGGGACUGUAAUCAUUUUAAGUGCUAUAAUUAAAUUAUAUAAUGAUUAAUUUAGAUUUCAGUUAUACUUUACAACUCAAAUAAUAAUAAUUUAACUUAGGGAGAUAAAACUCUUUGAAUAAUGAUUAA